AACAUAAUUUUUUUUCCAACUGUUUACUUUUUAUUCUAGACCAGCCGGGUAUAGUUGGUUUCAUUUAUUAUUUGUUGUUUUGAUAAUUAAGCGCAAUCUAGUAACUAACAAUUAACCAUUUCAUUUAAUUUAUCUGAUCUAUCAGUCAAUUUGUAAUAAAGCAAAUUUAACAAUCACAUCGUGUUUUAUUAAACAUUUUCCAGAUACUUGCGAAAUUCUGAUCGAGAAUUCUCGUGGCUCGAGAAAUAAAAUUGGCUAAGAAAUCAAAAACCCUAGCGUUGUUGAAAGGAUAAUUCACAGGGCUUUCAGCUUUCGAAAACGUAAUUUUUCGCCGAAAUCUCUGGAUAGCGAUCUGGACCUGGUCACUCUGCCUGAACUCUCUCAACUAUUUCCACAUCAUCCAGAGCGUGUUUCGUGUAUCCAGUCGAACGGACCCGAUCUUAAAAUUAGAAAUGGUUUUGACGGUAUUUCGGCAAAUCUGUUUAUUAGAAAAAAUCCAGCCCGACAAACAAUAUUCGCUACGUUCCGCGGCUACGCAGCGUGUGUGUCAAAAAAUCUAUUCUUUUUUUUAUUUCAGCCUAGUGAAAGCAGAAAAAAAUAUAUCCAGAAAAGAAAAAUGCCUGCAUCAGGAUCGCCAAUGUCCAGUACGGAUACUGUUUACCCUGAACCUUUGUCGAGGUUGCAUCGAAGAGUGGUACCUAAGAAGAGAAAGGGUGGUUCAUUUCGGUACAGGACUCAACCUGUGACAUUUUCAGAAAUUCAGGAAGUAGACGAGGAUAAUGUCACUGAAGAAUCAUUAGCAGCCACAAACCUGGCUACGUCUUCUCAAGAACUUCACAUUUUGAAUCAGCGCUUCGAAAGGUUUCGAAGAUCCAGCGAUUUGUUCUUCGAUAAAACCGAAGAGAACAACAACAGUGACUCUUCAUUGUCCAACAGCAGUAUUAUUACACCCUGUAUAUCAGUCUCAAAGUCUUUGGGAAAAAUUUCACCAUCGCGGACAUCCUUAUAAAAGAAUAACACUUUUUUAUUAGAUAAUAGAAAUAAAUACUGUCUAUUGUAUGAAUGUAUAAAAUUUUUAUUUUAUUUUUAUAUAUUAUUUUUUGUCUUUUAGUAUUUUUUUUUUGAUUAAAAUAUAACUUUUUCAUUGGGUAAUGUUUAUUAUGUGUUCUUGAUAAUAGUUAAUGUCUAAUAUGUGCCUCUUAGAUGAAAAAAAUAACUAAAUUUUUUGUACAUAUAUAAAUUUCUUAAAUAAAUAGCGACUAAAGUA